AUGACGUUUGAUUGGUUAAAACAUUGUAACUGUGGAUCAGUAGAUUUGAUUCAGCUCGCCAACAACGCUCUAUCCUUAAUCAACGUCGAGCCUUACAUUCAGAAUAUUCAUGAAAUUACUCCUGCUUUCGUCUUUGACUUAGCAGUUGUCUUAUUUGGUAGUGAUAUUUUGCCUCGUCAUGGUCGCACUGAGACUGAAUGUGUAGAAAACUUUGAGGCUAUUGUGUUCAAAUUAUCUGAAGAAAUCGGAGUGGACUUGGAUCACAUUGUACCAGAAGAUCUUAUGAUUGGAGAACCUAGAGCAUUAUCAGAUUUUCUUGUUCUGCUAACCGCAUUUAUUGCCUACUGUCAUGAAUCGAACCUUUUGGAACUCCAAAUAUCAGACAAUGAGUCUUCCUUUGGUUGUUCUGGCCGCUUGAUUACUAACUCAAAAGUAACUUCAAAGACAAAGGAAUUUCUAGAAUGCCAGUUGUCUACUUCUCCUGAAUUACCACGUCAUAGUGUGACUUGUACACCCAUGUUUUCUACAUCUUUCCACCAAUCUGAUCGGUCUAUUGAUCAAAGUACACCAGUGAAGCGGACUCCAGCAUCUUUCCAAACUAGAAACCCUUAUCCACCCGUUGACAAUGUCAAUUCAUUACUACAAAAAUCAAAUUUAUUUGCAGUCCAAUCGGAUAACGUGAAACCGAGUUAUCCUGUUGCUUCGUGUCUUUCUAAUUUCUUAGAGGUACAUACAGACACUUCACCUCCAGCAACACCAAAUGCAAUGAAUGGAUAUCUAGAAAUCGUCCAUUCUAAUUUAUCCGAUGCAGAUAUUCUACCUAGUUUAGAGAAUUCUUUGAAUAUGCAACAAUUUAUGCCUAGUUCUCCAGUUGAUGAAUUUAAGAAACUAAAAAAUUCCGGAUCUCAUUUAACACAUUCACCUAAUAAGGAAUAUUUUGGAAGUAGAAAUUCUAUUAUUUCUGCUGAAUCUACUAUGUUGGAUGAUCAGUCGUCAAUACAUGAACAUAAAGUGCAUCUUUCUACAUCUUCAAAUAAUAUCAAUAACAGAAGUGUCUCAUCCUCUGUUGAAAUAAUUCAUAAGUCAAUUAGUGAUAAACAUGAUAGUUCAAGUAGUGGUCGUGGUCGUAGUUUAACAGUUACACAAACAGUUCCCUUUCAAUCUAAUACAUCACCUCUUUCAAGUCUUCUUGAAUUACAUACUUUUCCAGAUUCACGUAAUACAACUCAUAAGUAUCCUAUAGAGCAUAAUAAUUCCUAUUUUUCUCAGAAAUCUUUAAACAAACAUUUAUCUAAUGAGAAAAUCAAUAAUAGUUAUGAUUCUAUUCAUACAAGUAGUAUAUUAGCUUGGAAUGAAGAGAAUAUUAAAUAUAAUAAGAAAAUAAAUAAAAAUGAAUUACAUGAUGGAUCAUUAGAUGAAUUAACAUCAAUUUUAUCAACCAGUUUGGUAUCUAAUAAGGAAAAAAAUUCAAUUGAAAUAUCUGAUCAUUGUCCAACUACUUCGGAUAUUUUCAAUGAAAUUAAUGACUUUGCUUGUAUACUUGAAAAACGACUAAAUUAUUUAAGAUCUGUUUAUUUUCGGGCACAUUCGGAAGCUGAAGCAUUGGCUGGUUUAGUUCAAUUGGUCACAUCGAAAAGUUUAAAUAUUAUUGAACCUAUGAACAACAGUCAAGUAAAUGACAACAACAAUAAUAGUAUAUUGAAAAAUAAUCCACUUAAUGUACAUGUGAACCAUUUGCAUUUAGAGUCUUUAUUAGUUAAAGCAAUUGAUCGUAUUGACCAACUGUUGGAAAAAUACAUUACUCCUUGUUCAGAAGUAAUUCAAAAUACUCGUAUCAAUUGUAUGGAUUCUGAAAUAUGUUUACAUCCUAAAUCAAAAAACGUUGACAACUUUUCGACAAAUAAAACCUACUUUCAUUCAAAGAAUUCUAUUUCAUCUAAGUUCAGUUCAUUGUAUGAUGAUAGCUUUUCGGAUGUAGAGUUGAAAAAGUUAUUGGAUCUCAAACAUGAAUACAUGAUGAAAGCCUUCCAAUUAUGCUUAGAUCAACUUCGUUUAUUGAAUGAAUAA